UUGCUAUGCUAAGACAUCACCAGCUGUCAGGGAUGGUGUCCUGCUAUUAUCAGAUCGUACAACCUGCAGGUUAAUAAUGCAUAGUACUUCUUACAUGGCAGCAAACGCAGGGACAGACACGAUGCCGGGAGAGGGGAAGCACUGUCUGGACAAAACAGAGAACAAUUUAGUACACAAGGUGUACCUCGAUUACAAUGCGACUACGCCUACUGUGCCAGAAGUAGUCGAGGCUGUGAAAGAGGCCAUGCAAGAUGCCUGGGGAAAUCCAAGUAGCAGCUAUGCAGCAGGCUGUAAGGCCAAGGAACUGAUAGACGCUGCACGGGUGAAUGUGGCAAGGAUGGUGGGUGGAAAACCAGAGGACAUUAUCUUCACCUCAGGUGGCACAGAGGCCAACAACAUGGUGCUAUUUUCUGCAGUGGAGCAUUUUAUGAAGGAUUCUAAAGAGAGACACAAUAAUGUGCUGGAGAAUGAAUUGCCACACAUUAUCACCUCAAACGUGGAACAUGACUCUAUAGCUCUUCCACUCUUGCACUUACAAAAGAUACAGAAAGCUGAAGUCACCUUUGUGCCGGUAUCCAAACUAACAGGACGUGUUGAGGUUGAUGAUGUCAUCGCAGCUGUACGCCCUAACACGUGUUUAGUGUCCAUUAUGCUAGCAAAUAAUGAAACUGGAGUAAUCAUGCCUAUAGGUGAUUUGUCAAAUCGCUUGUCUUCCAUUUCAUUGAAACGUAUAGCCCAGCGAUUCCCAAAAAUCCUGCUGCACACAGACGCAGCACAAGCCCUGGGGAAGGUGGAGGUGGAUGUACGAGAAUUGGGAGUGGAUUACUUGACCGUUGUGGGACACAAGUUCUAUGGGCCGCGUAUUGGAGCACUAUACGUCAAUGGCAUUGGGCAAUUAAAUCCACUGCUUCCUGUUUUUUAUGGAGGAGGACAGGAACGCAACUUUCGACCAGGCACAGAGAAUACACCAAUGAUUGCUGGACUGGGGAAGGCUGCAGAGUUGGUAUCAUUACAUUGUAGUUCAUAUCAUGCUCACAUGAAGAGUACUCGGGAUUACCUGGAACAGAAAUUAAAGACUGUGUUUGGUGACAGGAUCCGAUUUAACUCUCACUUUCCUGGGACAGAGCGACUUCCGAACACCUGCAGUGUAUCACUACUGAAACCAUCCAUCCUUGGUCGUGAGUGGUUGUCUCAAUGUCGCCAUCUUCUGGCUAGUGUUGGAGCUGCUUGUCAUUCUGACCGAGGAGACCGACCAUCUCCUGUGCUCCUGAACAGUGGCGUGCCACUGGUGGCUGCACGUGGGGCAAUACGGCUUAGCGUUGGCAGAGAAACCUCUCGGGACGAUAUCGACAUGAUCGUGAAAGACCUUGGGCAAGCAGCACAGUGUCAUGAAGACAAGGAAACCAAGAAAGGAGACAUACUGGAUACAGAGAAUCUCAUUGCACAGUAGGGUGUGGUGAUUGUAAAUCUAUGAAUGAAAAUAGGAAGUACGUACAAGGACAAAUAUUUCAGGGAAACACAAAUUAACAAUUUUUUUUUUUUUUUUUAAUUAUGGAAAAAGAUGGAAGCCCCCUUUAAGUUAUAAAUGAAAACUCACAUAUUCAGGACAUAAUUAAACAUGGUGAAAUUUGAGUAAACUAAUAUCGGGAACAAAUGACGUAGUCCAGAAUAGACUCUAGCAAACACUGAGCACUGGAUUUAGGCACUCAUGUAAACAGGGCCUGGGCAAGAUCAGGGUAAAGGUCAGAGGAUCAUUAGUCCCUAGAUCACACUUGAAGUUAUGCAAUU